AUGGAGGAUCGAUCAUCACCAUGGGAUGCUUUGGAGGGCGAUGAUUGCGACGAAAGGAAACCGCCAAUGCUGAAAGCUUCAAGCGGUCGCGGCGACAGAGAAAUGGAUGACGAUCGGCCCUACGCAAUGCUUCUUCAAGAAAACACGGACCUGAAGAAAGAAAAGAAACUACUAGAAGCUGAAAAAUUCCAACUUGUGCUGGAUUGCGACGAGGUGAAGGUAGAAUUCCAGCAAUUCGUCAACAAUAUUCAUCCUCUUCGCGAUUGUCAACAGGGUCCCGAUGUUGGGGAACCUUUAAUGCCGUAUGAAAUCGCGGCUUUCAAGCGCGAUCCGGUGAAGUUUGCUGAUUUGAAUCCAGAGCUGCGGGAACCGCUUGUGCGAGAAACAAAAUGGAGAAUCGAGGAUGCAAAAUUGCGCGGGCACGCUUUAAGUUUUCUUCAGGACAAACGCGAAGAUAAAAACAAGGGCCCAGAAUUUGAACCAGAAGCUCGAAAACUGGCAGAGAAGAUGAUACGAGCAAGUUUUGAGGCGCACAAGGACUUUGUUCCGACUAGAGACGAGCCGAAGCCACUGCCGAACACUCCCGUGAUCGCUUCCUGCACGCUUCCGCUCGAGUCCGGAGAAACGCAUUUUACCAUAACGUUGACCGAUGACAUAAGGGCCUUGGAAAGAGGAUUUGAAGAAGUCAGGAUUGAACGGGAAAUGAUCGUGGUCGUGAAGGAAGAAGAUGGUCAAUACAACGAAGUCGAAAGUGCCGAUGAAGGAUUCGAAGACAAAGAUGCUGCUUUGUUCGGACGCCAAGAGGAUCCAUGGAGGGGACAAGUGCAGACGGGCCGUUUUUCGUACGGAGCACAAACGGAGACUGGUCGUGGGGGUUCACGAGGAAGAGUACGCGAGCGUGGUCGUGGCCCAAGCCGAGGAGGUGCACGGCGAAAGAACACAAAAGACAUCGGAUUUACUCUACCCGACUACAUAAGCAAGAGCGUGGAAGAACAUGGCCGAUCGACGGCACCGAAGCGCGCACGGUAUGGAACUGCAACCACGGUCGAUCUUGCACGCGUCACUCACUCACCCAUCGAUGCGCACUUCGGCGAUCUACAAGUCCGCUAUCGUGAAGCUGGUCCUAAAACGCGUGCCUCGACGGUGUAUAAGUCAUUGCAAUCAACGCAUCAGUCAGAAUUAGCACAAAUCAAACGAAAGAGAAGGCACUUGACUAGCAUUCAGACAUCUCAAGGAAGCGCCAGUGUCGGGCUGAUGAAUCAAAUCACCAGCGCUCAACAAUCAGAAGAAUCAACAAGUGAGACGAUGGGGAAUGUAAAGGAGGAGGCUGCCGGAAAUGGAAAG